AUGUAUGACAAAGCCGUCAAAGGACCGUCAACACCCAUUGACUUUGUCCCUUCCCCAUUUCCAAAUAAUUCUGGCGACAUAAAUCUUCCGUGUAAGGACAGCACUUACAAUCUAAUUUACCAAAACCGCGCUCUGAUCACGACUCAACAGUCUAUGCCCAAUAUAUUUCACCGCAUCUUUCAUCACACCGGCCUCAGCUUUGCAGUCAUGGAGAAUCACGUACACAAAUUUCUGAGUAAAAUUAGGCCAGCAUUUGGUCUCUUGCGGAGGGGUUCUAGGGGCACGCUAUCAGCAAAGGUCCCAAGGGACAUUGAGAGUGGUUUGCCAAAUUUCACACAAACUCAAUCGCAAGACGUCGCGCCUGACGCAGCCGAGAACGCUUCACAGGCUCAAAACACAGAAAGCUUGAGAGCUAAUAACGAAGACCCUGUCGACCUUUCAGCCGCAAAUACUGAGCAAGACGACGAUCACAUCGAGCAAGGAGAUAAUCCGCAACCGUACUUCACGGAAGGCCCUUCUCGAUUUGUCUUAGCCAAGGAUGGCUCAAAGGACUGCGUAGCACUGCUUGUGAACGAAACAUUUCUCACCAAGCUGCGUGACCUUUUCCAAGAAGACCGUGAUCUCGGUGUUCUAGACGGACCACUUUGCCAUGCGAAGAUGGAUCUUAGAAAUAUUGAGCGUUCAAUCCAAGAAGGGCAGAACGCCUUGGAGACGGCAGCGAGUGAAGAAGAAGCAGAGCAGCAUCAGAAAAUCAAGGAGAAACAAACAUCCGAGCUUUUCAAAAUCCGUCGUUGGAAAGAUGAGCUCGAGAAGGAGCGUGGCCUGGUCAAGGGCAAUCUUGAACUGUCCAGAAAUCAUACUCAGUGGGUUUUGGAGACGGCUAUGAGGGAAGCCGAUCUUCUAGGACCAGAGAAGCCGUUGCCAGCUGUCUUGCUUCGUGAACAAGAAUCCGAAGAUAUGGAAGAAGAAGUCGAAGUUACUGAACACCCGAUGCCUGCACAAAGUCCAGUAGCGUCAGUCGCAUCUGAUCCUAGCGAGAUCGAGGCAAGUCAAGAAGAGCAACAGCGCCAGGAAGCCUACGAGGAAUUCAUAGAGCGUUCGCAAUAUUUGGACACAGUUCAAGAGAAGUUUGACGGUCAGAGGGGCCUUUACCAGGACAAUCUAGCUGAGUACCAGGAGAUGGCCGCAGCUGGUACUAUCGACAUGUCUAGAAGCGACUUCGACCGCCGAAAAGUUCGGUAUGGACAGCAACUCACACGAGCCUUGAUCGAUGCAGAGGAGGAAUUCGAGGAAGCAAGAGAACGUGCCCAAGCAUUAGGCGCAAUAGGUUCCGAUCACGGGCAAGAGUUUUACUAUGGAGCCGAAUAUGAGGAGAGCUGGCCGGAGAACAAGAUCGCCGACUAUAACUCCUCCCACGACUGGGGUUUCAUCCAUGACUGGAUGGACAACAUCCUCAACACCACCAGUCAAUCAGACACCGAAUCGGUGGAGAUAGACGAAUGGGACGCAGAAGAGGUCGACGUGAAUGACAGUAUCAGCGUGAUAGACCGCGAAGACUACCGUCAGGACAUCGAGCGGUACCGAAGAAUCUGCGCUCGUCUGGAGGAUCCCUGUCCAGCAGUACGGUGGUUGGGACAGCCCGAUGCCCAGCCUUUGGAGCGAAGGUACUCGUUUUGGAUGUAG